AUGAUCCGACUUUUUCUUUGCCUUUUCGUCCUUGUCUUCGUUGAUGCAAGAAUCCGAAAACACCAAAGGACUUCUACUUCUGAUGGAAACUUGAAAAGUAUCGAGGAGAAAUUGGAUCUUCUCCUCAAGGCUCAAUCGUGCCCACUUGGAUGGACGUUUUUCAUGAAAACCGAAGCAUGCUACACGGUGAUCAACGAAAGUGUCACUUUGCAAGAAGCCGAGGAUUACUGUGCAUUGACUGGAGCUCAUCUUGUAUCCAUUCACAGUGCUGAAGAAAAUCGUUUUGUUUGGAGCUUAGCAGCUCAACAUCACACGAUUGUUUACUACUGGAUUGGAGCAAAACAAAACUCAUCAACAAAAAUUUGGCAGUGGACUGAUGGGACAAAAUUCAAUUACAUGAAUUGGAUAGGGACAAAUGGUGUCCAAGCGGCAAUGAUCUACCCAACUGCGCAAGACACUCAACUGAAAUGGUAUCGUCUCAAUAAGCCCGACGCUGAGGCUCAUCAUUGAAAAAGAAAAAGUGAAAAAUGGCCGCCGCUG